GAGGCCGGAUGGAGGGACCGAGCGCCGCCUCCUCUGCUGCCCGAGAGAGACCAGGCCUGCCGAGCCAACAUGGGUGACCAGCAGCUGGAUUGUGCCUUGGAUUUGAUGAGGCACCUGCCUCCCCAGCAGAUUGAGAAGAACCUCAGUGAUCUGAUCGAUUUGGUCCCAAGUCUCUGUGAAGAUCUUCUGUCUUCAGUUGACCAGCCUUUAAAGAUUGCUCUUGACAAGGUGGUGGGGAAGGACUACCUCCUGUGCGAUUACAACAGAGAUGGAGACUCAUACAGGUCACCCUGGAGUACCAAAUACAACCCCCCUCUGGAAGACGGUGCCAUGCCGUCCACUCGCCUACGCAAGCUGGAGAUGGAAGCAAACAAUGCCUUUGACUAGGACAGAGACUUGUAUUUUGAAGGAGGCGUUUCCUCUGUCUACCUCUGGGAUCUGGAUCAUGGAUUUGCAGGCGUGAUCCUAAUCAAGAAAGCUGGCGACGGAUCAAAGAAGAUCAAGG